CUUAAAGUUUCAUAGCUGUCUGGACUGUCAUCUCCGAACAAAGCCAUGGACGGUCAAACAGCGGAGAAUGGGGAAAACAUGACAUCCACUGAGGACUCACACAUGGGACAAGUUGUCACAGACGGCAACCAUACUGACUCUCAGACAGAGACCAUCAUUCCCCUGGAUGAGCAUACAUCACAUCCCACACUAGACAUGGACCAGGCGGUCAUGGACGAUUUGGGGCAGCUUUUUGACCACUGCAUCCAGCAAGUGUCCCAUCUGGAGACACAGAGAGAUGAGCUGAUACAAGAGCUCCUCAGCCUGCAGGAGCCCAUUCUCCGGGUGGUUGGACACCUGAGGGGGAAGUUGCUGGAGACACGGAGGCUGCUGACGCUGGCUCAGCUGGAUUAUGUCGCCGUUUAUGAGGAAGUGAAGGAGGUGAAGAGGAAACUAUUUUCCACAGCCAGAGAAUGCAUCCAGAGCCAGGUGACGCUGGCUGAGCACGAGCACGAGGUGGCUCAGUCUGCUGUGACACAGGAGGAGCUCAAGGCUGACAUCCACAGUCUCACCCAGGAGUUGUCUCACCUGCAGGAGGCCCAGCAGAACCAGCUAAACACUCUGAGGGACCAGACCUCGAAGGCCCGCAGGCCCAGGGCCAUGAGCGACGUCAGCCAGUGCCGGCAGGCUUCUGUCAGGCUGCAGCGGCGGCUCAGCGGCAGUGUCAGGGCACUGGAAGGCUGGUAUGAGCCUCGGUUCAUGGCCCUGCUUAAGAGACGGCAGGUUGGUGAGGAAGCUUUGAGAAAGAGCAGGGAGCAGGCAAUGGACCUGAGGACCCGUCUGGGGCCCCUGAGAGAGGACAUACAGAGACUGGAGGUGCAGAGAGCCUGUCUGGAGCAGAGGAUCACUCUGAUGGAGAGGGAGAGGGAGGACAGCGUCACACAGCACAAGGAAACUGUGGAGAAAUUAAAAGAGACUCUGAGAGAGUUAGAAGUGGAGUUUGAGGUUCAAAGAAAAUCUAAGAAAGUAUUGGAAGAUCAUAAUGAUGGCCUUUUAAAAGAGCUGACAUUUUGGAGAGGCUGUGAUGAACCCAGUGAAUCCACUACAGAGGAAGAUCCCGAAAUUUCUGUUUCCAGUGGAUGUUCUCAAUUAUCUACACAAGACCAAACCACGGUAUAGAAUUUAUAUAAAUAUAGAAAGAUAAAAACUAAUAUAAUACGCAGCAUUAUUUAAACUUUAAAUAUGUUUUCAUUUCUCCUGAAAUAAUUCCACAUGAUUUACUCAGAAUUAUA